CAAGUGAAUUUUCUCAAGAUUUGAAAUAUGUCGGUUCAAGGAGCAUUUGAAAAACGAUGUCUCACAACUGCAGCUCCAACUGAGUUAUCUUUCAUAACAACCAGUUUGUCGAUGGUCUUCACUCUCACGAAUAUUCCUGGAAAUGUUCUCAUAAUUCUAGCUGUUGUUUUGGAUCCGAACAAAAAUCUAAGAACUCCGUUCAAUUGGUUGGUAGUAAAUUUAGCAACUGCAGAUCUUAUCGUUGGUGCGGUGACGAAUCCAAUCUCGGUGUACAUUCAUAUGAAGGAGGGAUUGAAUGAAAAGAUAACAUCUGGUGAAGUGAAAGCAAUUCAUAUGAGCUACUUCAUCUCUUGCACUGCCUCAGUAUUAAGUUUGUCGAGUUUAGCUCUAGAAAGAUAUCUUGCAGUCAGAAAAGCAAAUACAUAUCGUACUAAUGUGACUAAAAAACGAAUCAUAUUGACAGUGGCUUGUAUUUGGUUAAUAUCUUUGAGUCUACCAAAUAUAUAUUUUGAAGUUGGGUACACUACAUGUGCGUUCAUCUUCGCGAAUUCCGCUGUCGCAGUAGCCAUUUUCAUCACUUGUCUAACAUACACCCUUAUGCUGAGAAAGGUUCAAGAAAGAUCUCAAAACGUGUCCAGUAAUAAUGACACUGUUAGAAAAGCUCCCUAUAGCAUUCAAGCACCAAGUACGUCAGGACCGCCCCAAGAUGAAAGAUUGUCAACUGUUCCAGCAAACACUCCAAGUUCAAUCCUCAACAGUGCACGUCAAAUGGAAGCCAAAGUCACCAGAAUGUUUAUUGUUGUUCUCAUCGCUAUGUUAUGCUGUUAUGGUCCUUCAACUCUAUUCAUUUAUAUCAUGAAUUUCUGUGAGCAGUGCAGUUGCAUCACUCUUCAUUGGUUCCGUGAUUUGCAGUUCGUUUUCGUCCUGUUAAAUUCAUCCGUCAAUUUCUGGUGUUAUGCCGUGCAGUCUCCUCGUUUUCGGAGUGCCUUUACAAAGAUCUUGAAGAUUACAAAGCGAAAUAAUAGUAGUGAAGAAUCAGGCUCUUCCGAUAUCAAUAAUAUCCAAACCAUCUCCUUCAGUAAAAGCGUUGAGCAAGGAGAAAACGUAAAACAGGGGAAAAUAAGAAUGGGAAUGAAAAAUGCAGGAACUACAACAAAGAACAUUGGCCCGAUUUAUCCUAGAGACGGGUCAUCCGUCUAG